ACUGCAUUUUACACAUAACUGCAUAUUUUUUCUAUCAAUGUUCCUUCAUUUGUGCUAAAAAUAGAUAGUGUGCAAAAGUAUUUCUUAAAAUGUGUAGCGGGCAGGUUUCACGGCAACCAUUAUUAUAGAUUAACUGACAGUGUAGUGGACAGGUUUCACUGCUAACAUAAUUAGUAAACCUUUGCAAUUAGAAAUCCAAAUUUCCAAGUGUUAGUAGGAAAAGCAACACUGUGUUUCUUGGAUUGCAUCUAUUGUAAGCCAAUAUCAAUCCACUUUGCUUUGAUGUCCUAAAGUGUUGGACUGCGAAAUUAAUGCGUGCUACUAUUCCUGCCAUGAAAUAUGAUGGAUAUACUUUUGAUGAUAUGACUGAUCAUAUGAUGGAUAUACCUUUGACGAAAUGCUUAACCCUCAUGUUGUUAGACAUACAGUGCUCAUCCCAUGGGGUGGUUGUUGUCUGAUAUAAUGAUGGAUGCCUGACAAACAUAUCAGUUUGCUCAAUUUUCACUUUCAAUUGUUCUAAAGCAAAGCACCACACCAACCUGACAAAAUGGUUUUCAGAAGAACAAGCAUAUGCAAAUGUUAUUUGGAAUUUGUAUUGCUUGCACCAUACCAACCUGAAAAAAUGGUUUUCAGAAGACAAUACAUAUGCAAAUGUCAUUUGGAAUUUGUAUUGCCUUUUGUUAGGUUUAACCCUGUUUCACUAAAUCUUUCAUUCAGGCCUGAAGAAGGCCAUAAAAAUAGCUGAUUGGCUGAAAUAGUGGCCUGAUAAUUGAGUAAUUUUUUUAUUUUGAAUCGUGCAAUGGUUAAAACUGCUUAUUUAUAUUAUUUUAAAAAUGACUAUAUGUGUUCUUCUAACCCAAGUGUUAUUUCAGGAUCAGUAUUGAAUGUACCGGCGCACAUAUGAUAAUAUUGUUUAAACCAAGUAGAUUGACGCUUAUAGAGUAAUUUUUUUUGUCCCUUGAAAAAAGCAUUGGUUUAAAUCGUCGGUGGUGGCGCCAUGCCUGAUCGCUCCUGCCAAGCGAGGUCGAGGUCAUGUGAGUGUCGUGAUUGCUCCGCUGUUGAGUUCUAAUGGCGAUUGCGUUGUGGUGCUUGCAGACUUUCAGGGAUGCUGAGGGGCUGUACCAUGCCAGUGAUUCGGACGAGCAGCUGCUGAUCCACAUCCCCUUCAUGCAGGAAUUCAGUCAUGGAAGCUGUCACAUACAAGAUCAAAGAGGCAAUAUGUCCACGGCCCUCUGCUUUUUACUCAGCUGUACUGCCAGCGGAGGAGGCGUCCCUCAGCACUGCUGCCAUCAGGAGGCUGUCAAAUCUUUCCGUUGUCAAAUUAGUUGUACCCGAGAGUUGGGUUGAUGGCAUUCCACAUGAUAGGCUAAUGAUAAUACUGAUCUCGCAUGGACUUCUAGGACUUACUGCCAAAGACAUGAGAGAAGAAUGGUGUAGGGAAGUCAAAUUGAUGGGAGGAAGAAGAAACAUGAUACUCUGUCCGAUAUGAAACUUCCAGAACCGAUAAGGUGCAAAAUCGAUAGGAGGAAGAAACAUGUUACAAUGACUACAACGCCUUAAUUGUAUCAUGAAAGUAGGUUGAAUUGGUACUUACAUAAAAGUCAAUCAAAUUGAUUAAAAAAAUAUUGUAUUCACAUAUUAUGGUCUUGGGAGCAGUGUAUCUCAUAUAUUGUUGUACCAAGAAUAUUGUUUCCAUGCUCAAACAUGAGGUAUAGAUACAAAUGGAUCUACACAUUGCGUUGA